AUGUAUACAUUGGAAGCUAAAGUAGCUGAGAGUCUUUCACGUUUGUUUUCAGGUUCACCGAAUCAUUCUUCUCCAUCUGAUCCUUCUCAGUUUCCAGCGUUCUGGUGGUCUAAAUGGAAUGAUCAUGGAAGUCAACUGAAUACAACUCAGUCACAUCCUGUUAGAUGGAAAUGUAGGACACUUGAGUUGCAAGAUGAAUCCUUGGAGAACUUACAAAAGGCUCACGAAGUUGAGAAAGUUUCAAAACAUAAUGACAACAAGCGGACUCUUAAUCCUCGGUGCAAGAAUAAGGAUAGUACCUCCGAGAGGUGUAGCAGUGAUUCCGAUGAAUAUCGAGAUGCACAAGUUCAACGGAGUCCAGUAAAGCCUCCACUGAACCUUUCUGAUGAAUCUGUGUUUAUUACACCUGAUUUGUAUGAAUCCUUGGUGUCUUCCCUUCCUAAUAUUGUUGAAGGGUGUCAAUGGAUGCUGUUGUAUAGUACGUUGAAACAUGGUAUAUCACUUCGCACACUUAUUCGGAAGAGUGAUGAGCUCCCUGGCCCUUGUUUGGUGAUUACUGGAGAUAGGAAAGGAGCAGUCUUCGGUGCGAUGCUAGAAUGUCCCUUGAAGCCUACACCGAAGAGAAAAUAUCAAGGGGAACAUCAGACAUUUGUAUUCACAACCAUAUACGGUGAACCUAUGCUAUUUAGGCCAACUGUUGCCAAUCGUUAUUACUAUAUAUGCUUGAAUGACCUGUUAGCAGUUGGUGGCGGCAGCAGCUUUGCUCUGUGCUUGGAUGCAGAUCUUUUGAGUGGAAGUAGGGGACUUUGUGAAACAUUUGGGAACUUGUGCUUGGCUCACGACCAGGACUUUGAGCUAAACAAUGUGGAGUUAUGGGGUUUCAUACAUGGAUCACCAUACGUCAAUCGAAAGCCACUGAAAGAGUCAUCACAUACUAAUACUUCAUUUGCAUGGUUUUAA